CCAAGGCACAAGUAACAAGCUCACCCAGUUGGGCACUUUUGAAGAUCACUUUCUGAGCCUCCAGAGGAUGUUCAAUAACUGUGAAGUGGUCCUGGGGAACUUGGAAAUUACCUACGUGCAAAAGAAUUAUGACCUUUCCUUCUUAAAGACCAUCCAGGAAGUUGCUGGUUAUGUACUCAUCGCCCUCAACACAGUGGAGAGGAUUCCUUUGGAAAACCUGCAGAUCAUCAGAGGAAAUGUGCUCUAUGAAAAUACUUAUGCCUUAGCAGUCCUGUCUAACUACGGUGCAAAUAAAACUGGACUAAGGGAGCUGCCCAUGAGAAACUUACAGGAAAUCCUGCAUGGUGCCGUGCGGUUCAGCAAUAACCCUGUCCUCUGCAACGUGGAAAGCAUCCAGUGGCGGGAUAUCGUCGACAACGACUUUAUGAGCAAUAUGUCAAUGGACUUGCAGAACCGCCUGGGCAGCUGCCAAAAGUGUGAUCCAAGCUGUCCCAAUGGAAGCUGCUGGGGCGCAGGAGAGGAAAACUGCCAGAAAUUGACCAAGAUCAUCUGUGCCCAGCAGUGUUCAGGGCGAUGCCGUGGCAAGUCCCCCAGUGACUGCUGUCACAACCAGUGUGCAGCUGGCUGCACGGGGCCCCGGGAGAGCGACUGCCUGGUCUGCCGCAAGUUCCGAGAUGAAGCAACAUGCAAGGACACCUGUCCACCACUUAUGCUGUACAACCCCACCACAUACCAGAUGGAUGUCAACCCCGAGGGGAAGUAUAGCUUCGGUGCCACCUGUGUGAAGAAGUGUCCCCGGAACUAUGUGGUGACAGAUCAUGGCUCCUGUGUCCGUGCCUGUGGUUCUGACAGCUAUGAAAUGGAGGAGGAUGGUGUCCGCAAGUGUAAGAAGUGUGAAGGGCCGUGUCGCAAAGUUUGUAACGGAAUAGGAAUUGGUGAAUUUAAAGACACACUUUCCAUAAAUGCUACAAACAUAAAGCACUUCAAAAACUGCACUUCUAUCAGUGGAGAUCUUCAUAUCCUGCCAGUGGCAUUUAGAGGGGACUCCUUCACACGUACUCCUCCUCUAGAUCCAAAGGAACUGGAUAUUCUAAAAACCGUAAAGGAAAUAACAGGGUUUUUGCUGAUUCAAGCUUGGCCUGAAAACAGGACUGACCUCCAUGCUUUUGAGAACCUAGAAAUCAUACGUGGCAGGACAAAGCAACAUGGUCAGUUUUCUCUAGCAGUUGUUGGCCUGAACAUAACAUCCUUGGGAUUACGCUCCCUGAAGGAGAUAAGUGAUGGAGAUGUGAUAAUUUCAGGAAACCGAAAUUUGUGCUAUGCAAACACAAUAAACUGGAAAAAACUAUUUGGGACUUCCAGUCAGAAAACCAAAAUUAUAAACAACAGAGAUCAAAAAGACUGCAAGAACAGAGGCCACUUCUGUAAUCCCUUGUGCUCAUCUGAGGGCUGCUGGGGCCCUGAGCCCAGAGACUGCGUCUCCUGCCAAAAUGUCAGCCGAGGCAAGGAGUGUGUAGAGAAGUGCAACAUUCUGGAGGGGGAGCCCAGGGAGUUUGUGGAGAAUUCCGAGUGCAUCCAGUGCCAUCCGGAAUGUCUGCCCCAGACCAUGAACAUAACCUGCACAGGCCGGGGACCAGACAACUGCAUAAAGUGUGCCCACUACAUUGAUGGCCCCCACUGUGUCAAGACCUGCCCAGCUGGAAUCAUGGGAGAAAACAACACCCUGGUCUGGAAGUAUGCAGAUGCCAACCGUGUCUGCCACCUAUGCCAUCCAAACUGCACUUAUGGAUGUGCUGGACGAGGGCUUCAAGGGUGUACAAUAAAUGGACCCAAGAUCCCAUCCAUUGCCACUGGGAUUGUGGGUGGCCUCUUCUUGCUGGUGAUAGUGGCCCUUGGGAUUGGCCUUUUCAUGAGAAGGCGCCACAUUGUCAGGAAGCGCACGCUGCGUCGACUGCUGCAGGAGAGAGAGCUUGUGGAGCCUCUGACGCCCAGUGGAGAAGCCCCCAACCAAGCUCUCCUGAGGAUCUUAAAGGAAACAGAAUUCAAAAAGAUAAAAGUGCUGGGCUCAGGAGCAUUCGGCACUGUGUAUAAGGGACUCUGGAUUCCAGAAGGUGAGAAAGUUAAAAUUCCGGUAGCAAUCAAAGAAUUAAGAGAAGCCACAUCUCCAAAAGCCAACAAGGAAAUUCUUGAUGAAGCCUAUGUGAUGGCCAGUGUGGACAAUCCUCAUGUGUGCCGCCUCUUGGGUAUCUGUCUGACCUCCACCGUCCAGCUUAUCACUCAACUCAUGCCCUUUGGUUGCCUCCUGGACUAUGUCCGAGAACACAAGGACAACAUCGGUUCCCAGUACCUACUCAACUGGUGUGUGCAGAUUGCAAAGGGCAUGAACUACCUGGAAGACCGGCGCUUGGUGCAUCGUGACCUGGCAGCCAGGAACGUCCUAGUGAAGACACCACAGCAUGUCAAGAUCACAGAUUUUGGACUGGCCAAACUGCUUGGGGCUGAGGAGAAAGAAUACCAUGCAGAGGGAGGAAAGGUGCCUAUCAAGUGGAUGGCUUUGGAAUCAAUUUUACACCGAAUUUAUACCCACCAAAGUGAUGUCUGGAGCUAUGGAGUCACUGUUUGGGAGUUGAUGACUUUUGGGUCCAAGCCUUAUGAUGGAAUCCCUGCAAGUGAGAUCUCAUCCAUCCUAGAAAAAGGAGAGCGCCUUCCACAGCCUCCCAUCUGCACCAUUGAUGUCUACAUGAUCAUGGUCAAGUGCUGGAUGAUAGAUGCAGACAGUCGCCCAAAGUUCCGGGAGUUGAUCGUGGAAUUCUCCAAAAUGGCUCGAGAUCCCCAGCGCUAUCUUGUCAUACAGGGGGAUGAAAGAAUGCAUUUGCCAAGCCCUACAGACUCCAAUUUUUAUCGUGCCCUGAUGGAUGAAGAUGACAUGGAAGAUGUGGUGGAUGCUGAUGAGUACCUCAUUCCACAGCAGGGCUUCUUCAACAGCCCAUCUACAUCUCGGACUCCCCUCUUAAGUUCUCUGAGUGCAACCAGCAACAAUUCCACUGUGGCUUGCAUUAACAGAAAUGGGCAGAGUUGUCCCACAAAGGAGGACAGCUUCUUGCAGCGGUACAGCUCAGACCCAACUGGCGCCUUGACAGAAGACAGCAUAGAUGAUACAUUCCUCCCAGCACCUGAAUAUAUAAACCAGUCUAUUCCUAAGAGGCCUGCAGGAUCUGUGCAGAACCCCGUCUAUCACAAUCAACCCUUGCAUCCAGCAGCUGGCAGAGACCCACACUACCAAAAUCCCCACAGUAACGCCGUGGGCAACCCUGAAUAUCUCAACACCACCCAGCCUAUUUGUGUCAACAGUGCAUUUGACAGCUCUGCCCACUGGGCCCAGAAAGGCAACCACCAAAUUAGUCUGGACAACCCUGACUACCAACAGGACUUCUUGCCCAAGGAAUCCAAGCCAAAUGGCAUCUUUAAGGGUCCCACAGCUGAAAAUGCAGAAUACCUACGAGUAGCACCACCAAGCAGUGAAUUUAUUGGAGCAUGA